UGGUCUUGUCAAAUUGUGGAGCUCUCUGACCCUGUUAGGAUCCUAUAAAGGCAAGAACUGUGCUUUCAGAGUGAUUCAGGUUUCUCCAUUUCUCCUUGCAUUAUCUGGCAAUAGUAGGGAACUAGUAUUGAAUUGAGUAAUCUUCAAUUUGAGAAAAUAUUCCUCACUCUCAAAAGUACUUUUUGGUGCCAGCAUAAUGCUUGGAGACUGAAGCAGCCCUAAAACUCCUGUCGAUGGAAUUUGAGCGUGCUGAAGAUGUUCCCAGUAAUGUCCAACCAUCGCCUUUGGUGGGGUAGGCUUCACAGGAGAAUCUGCCUGAGCCAAGCAGUGCUGAACAGGCAGCCCUUAGAGCACAUGCACCUCAGAGUUGGAGACCGGGCUGAACUCAGGAGGGCCUUCACUCCGAGGGAUGUGGCCACCUUCUCAGAAAUAACAGGGGAUGUCAAUCCUUUGCACUUAGAUGAAGAUUUUGCAAAACGCACCAGAUUUGGAAAGACAAUUGUCCAUGGAGUUUUGAUCAAUGGACUUAUUUCAGCUCUCCUCGGUACUAAAAUGCCAGGGCCAGGCUGCGUGUUUCUUUCCCAGGAAAUUAACUUUCCAGCCCCUUUAUAUGUUGGGGAAGUUGUUUUAGCUUCUGCAGAAGUGAAAAAGCUGAAGCGGUUCAUUGCCAUUAUUGCAGUAUCAUGUUCCGUACUAGAAAGUAAAAAGACUGUUAUGGAAGGCUGGGUUAAAGUUACGGUUCCAGAAACACCCAAAUCCUGAAAUACGUCUUUAAAGAUACAAAUUCAGACAUCAGUGUUGUUAUUGAAAGCCUCUGGGGAAAAUAGGGAUUGCUAUUCUUCAGCAAGGACAGGCUCAUAGACCUGUACUGGGGGAGGGGAGCAGGUAGAGAAAUGUUCCAGUGUCCACUUAUGUUUCACUCCAGAUUAAGUAUAUUCAUCAUCUAUCUAGGUUUUCAACACUGAAAAAAAAAUAGACAAUUUCCUGGUGGUCCAGUGGUUUCACUGCCAGGGGCAUGGAUCCAAUCCCUAGUCAGGAAAGUAGGAUCCCACAAGCCAUGUGGCACAGCACACGUGUACAUACACACACACACAAGUGAACAGAGGGGAUCAGAGGUGAUUCUCAGGUUGCACAUUUGUUAACCAGGCUCCCAUGAGGUGUCAUU